UUUCCUUUCAUAGAGAUGUGAUGGAGUGGGCAGGGGAAAAAGAUUCUUCGCCAUUAGAGGGGAGUAGAGAAUCCUUGUGAGCGGGUCAGGGACGGGGCCCUCCCGGUUGCCAUCCCAGUGAGAGCUCUGCGGUGCACAUGAUCUACGGACUAGAGGUGGUUUCGCAGGGUGCUUAGGUGGACUGGGAAGCAGCGGAACAGAGAGAAAGCCCUCCUCUACAAGAAUUGACCAUACCAAAGACUAGGCCACGAGUCAACUCACGAUAAAUCUGAAAACGAACUCAAAGCUCCUUUCGUCCUUCAUCUCAGAAAUGGAAACAGAGAUGGAAGCGUGUGUUUCUAAAACAGUGGCGGUGAUAGGGUGCAUAUUCCUGACAUUGCUAUAUGUUGCGAUUCUCUAUGCUCCCACUCUGAUCUUGCGUCUCCCUCCACCUUCAUCUCGUACUAAUUUCCUCAUCAGACGCUUCAUAUGCGCGGCUAUUUCUUCUAUCCUCUCACUCUUCUUCUCUUCUUUCAUACUCCCAAUAAGAAGUGGGGAGGCAUUGGAUAUAUUUAGUGUUUAUGGCAUUCGAGCGGAUCAUAUUUGGCAAGCUGUGGGGUUUCCUCUUUUACUCACUUCUCUUAUGUAUGCUGGAAGUUUGGUCCUCAAGUGUGUGUUGUUGGUGAAUUCAUGGAAGACAGACUUUGAUAAUAGUGAAUUGCUUUCAUUGGACUGCAUCAGGAGUCUACCCAAAACAUUCCUCAGUCACUUGUCUUCUAUUGCAUCAAAUGUUGGCGUUUGGCGUAACUUUGUUGUGGCGCCAUUAACAGAAGAGUUGGUGUUUAGGGCAUGCAUGAUACCUUUACUUCUCUGUGGAGGGUUCAAGAUAUACACUGUCAUUUUUCUCUGCCCUGUUUUCUUCAGCUUGGCGCAUUUGAACCACUUACUGGAAAUCUAUAGUUCGCAAAACUGUAGCUUGCUAAUAGCUUUCAGGAUUGUAGCUCUUCAACUUGGCUACACAGUGGUCUUUGGUUGGUAUGCUUCUUUUCUGUUUGUGCGGACAGGACAUCUUGUUGCGCCAUUGGUUGCUCAUGUAUUUUGCAAUUUUAUGGGAUUGCCUGUGAUAGUUGCCAGGAGGAGAGGGUUAGUGACUAUAGCCUUUGUAGCAGGAAUCGUAGCAUUCAAAUGGCUUCUUUUUCCAAUCACGAAGCCGGAUUUGUAUAAUUACAGAACAGAGAAUUGCAAAUGUUGGAAUGGAUAUUGCUUAUGGAAUUGAACUUGUGAAAUCUUUCGAAGAAACUGACUUUGUAUGCAUAUAGGGCCUAAUUCAGUAGCAACUGGGAAAUUAAAUUGAACAAAAAUCCUUUAGUUUUUCACUUUUUCAUUCAUUCAUGUAUAUUAUAUUUUCAAAAGCUUACUUUGUGCUUUA